AUGUCUCCCAAACGACCGCACCUCGUAUACAGCAGUUCCUCAAGUCCCUCACGCUCGCUCUCGCCGCAGCCAAAGCGGUUCAAGUCGUCGAUUGCUGGCUCCCAGUCUGAGUCUUCAACAGCAAUCGUUAACCCGUUACGCGUCCACAUCAUCGAGGCAAAACUGAAGGUCAAGGAAAUAGCAGAGCUUCGCUCGAUACUGGAGAGCGGGAAAGUCCUCUGUGAUGCUGACUCGGGUCAGUUCCAGUUGGUCUACGAGGCGGAGGCGAAGGAUGCAGACGUGAUAGUCACUGCGGUGAAAAUGAGGAAAAGGUUGGAGCGAUAUAUCGACUGGGAUCUUGCGGUGCAAAAAUUCGUUAUUACACCGGACUGGCUACGGGAUUGCGCCAAAGAGCACCAAGUCUUGCCGUAUGACGAGUAUAUCGCUGUUCGUUCUCUACGCUCUUCGACACAGGUUACAGAAGACCUGUCCACCAGUGUUGCCGAAGAAAGGGAGGAUAGUGCGGAAAUUAACUACCGGAGUCCAACCUCGUGUCUGCGGCUUUCACCUUUGGAGUGUCCGAAUCAGGAGCUGGCGGAGAAGCUAGAUGUACUGCGUCACUCAAGAGAGCUCGAAGGGAAAAUUAUGAAUACCUUGGCAUAUGAGAGGGCUAUCGCUACAAUCAAAGCAUAUCCAUUCGUUAUAACUGAAGACCUCCUCAAGACGGAAGUGUCAAAUUUGUCACAUAUGGGCGUAAAAACUGUUGCCAAAAUCAAGGAAUACCUUCAAUCCGGGACGAUAAGCGAAGCUGAAUCCAUCGCUGAAGAUCCAAGAUAUCAAACUCUAACGCUCUUCACGUCAAUAUACGGAAUAGGUCCCGCGUACGCUCGGCAUAUGUACGACGUUGAAGGUCUUAGGACUAUCAAGGAUCUGAUGUUCCAUUAUGAGAAUCUGGAGCGUUCUGCCUCAGCGGAACCCGACGUUUCCAAGCAAAAAUCCCCCUAUAUGAUACUCACCACCACUCCGGAGAAGACGCGUGUGCCAACAUUAACUUCUCGAGAGGCUGUACAGCUACACGAGGAGUUAAAUGACCCUAUUCUCCGAGAUGAGACGGAGAGAAUGCAUGCUACUAUCAUGAAGGAACUAGGACAUCUGCAACCCGGUUGCACCAGCACCAUCACUGGGAGUUAUCGCCGUGGCAAGAAGCAUAGCAAUGACGUUGAUAUUGUCAUCACCCAUGAGAACCUGAAGACCGCUGGGGACCAAGUGAAAAGCCUCUGUGAACAGCUGGUUCACAGGCUCUACAGUCGUGGUAUGAUUACCCACCUCAUGGGCUUGUCAAACUUCGGCAACACAUCCUCACGAACAGCAGAGCGAGGUUCCCUUUACAAAGUGAUGUCAGUAUUCCUGCCGCCGUCUGAUGGGCCUAGUGCCAGGUUGCAUCGUAGGCUCGAUUUGAUUUUCACAACACCUGAGCUGUAUUGGACUGCGGUAGUUGGCUGGACUGGGUCGAAAAUGUUCGAAAGAGAUCUUCGGAUGUGGGCAAAGGAUCGAGGGUUCAAAUUUGACAGUUCCGGCAUAGUACGUCGACAAGAUUCCCACCCUUAUUUCCCAAAGAGCGAAGCGGAGGUCUUCGAGCUGUUAGAACUCCCUUGGAUUGAGCCAACCAUGCGCAAUGCCGAUAUAUGA